GGCGGAGCUCGUAUCAGUCUCUGAAGGAGCAACGCGAGUAGCUGACCGAGAGCCAAGCGGACAAGGAGACGUUACCUCCCCUCGAGCUUCAGAGACCGACCCAAGUGAAGAUGGCGUCCAGCUCGGAGCGCAGCCCUCCUCCUUUCCCGGAGUCCGAAGACCCAGAGGUGCUGGAGGCAGCAGUCCCGGACCGAGACAGCGACGAGGACGAGGCGGACGACCCGUUCCUGAGCGCGAGUAAUACUCCGCUAACCAGAAAGGACACCCCAGCAGCACCUGCCAGUCCGGAUGACUCUCUGGUCACCAGCAGCCAAUCAGAGCACAGAUCAGCCAGCAGAUCCUCUGAAGACUUUAUGGAUGUGCUCAACAUCAGUGCCAAAGCAGCUUUAGAAGACCCGGCAGAUGAUUUUGUUGACAUACUGAGAGGUGGUGCUUCAGCACAGAGAGGGGAAGAUGAUGCUCCAGCUGAAGGUGGUGCAGCAGACCCACCAGCAGCUUUCACUGCUCCAGUCAUGGAGCUCAGGGAUGGUUGGUCAGCUAGCAGCACCCAGAAGCCACUUGUCAGUGAGAAGAUCCCCGACCCUCUGGUUGAGCUCCUCGGUGAGGCCUCGACUGUGACCGAUGAAGCCACAAAGCCCAGUGGGGAAGUUGUGGACUUGUUUGAUGAUGAGGGGAGCAACAUCUUCACAGGGGCUGUGCCAGCCGAACCUGCAGACAUCUUCACCGAGGAAGACGACACGAUGUCAGACACCAGGAAACACAGCGUCAAGAACAAUGGAGUCCACUCUGCAGAGAACACAGAUAUAAUUGCUGAAGCCACGGUGGAGCUCUCCCUAGACAGUCCGCGGAACGAGAGGAAGAAGAAACCGACCCCCACGCCCUCCCUCCCAGCUGCUGCCAGCCUGACCAAACCUGAGUGCUCAGCUCUGGAAGAGGUGGAAGAAGAAGAGGAGGACCGAUGUGACAUUUCUGUUUCUGUCACAGACCCUGAGAAGAUCGGUGAUGGGAUGACUGCCUACAUGGCCUACAAGGUGUCCACAGAGACAUUGCUGCCCAUGUUCCGCAACAAAACGUUUACGGUCAGGCGACGCUUCAGCGACUUCCUCGGCCUCUACGAGAAGCUUUCUGACAAACAUGGACCCAGCGGACUGAUUGUGCCACCUCCUCCUGAGAAGAGCAUCCUAGGGAUGACCAAGGUGAAGGUGGGGAAGGAGGACUCCUCCUCUGCAGACUUUCAGGAGAGAAGAAGAGGUGCUUUGGAGCGGUAUCUCCAGAGGGUGGUGAACCACCCGCUGCUCCUCCAGGACCCUGAUGUCAGAGAGUUCCUGGAGAAAGACGAGUUACCCAGAGCCGUGAGCACGCAAGCGCUGAGCGGCGCCGGCUUCCUGAAGAUGCUCAACAGAGCUACAGACGCUGUCAGUAAGAUGACCAUCAAGAUGAACGAGUCUGAUGUGUGGUUUGAGGAGAAGCUGCAGGAGGUGGAGUCUGCAGACCAACAGUUCAGGAAGCUCCACACUAUGGCCGAGUCUCUGGUUGUCCAUAGAAAAGAACUCUCCUUAAACACAGCCGGCUUUGCCAAAAGCGCUGCCAUGCUGGGCAGCGCGGAGGACAACACCGCUCUGUCCCGGGCCCUGUCCCAGCUGGCUGAGGUGGAGGACAAGAUUGAGCAGCUACACCAGGACCAGGCAGCAAACGACACCUUCGGCUUCUCGGAGCUCAUCGCUGAUUACAUUCGGCUGCUGGGGGCGGUGAGGGGAACGUUUGACCAGCGUAUGAAGGCGUGGCAGCGCUGGCAGGACGCUCAGGCCAUGCUGCAGAAGAAGAGGGAAACUGAGGCCAAGCUGCUGUGGGCCAACAAGCCUGACAAGCUGCAACUGGCCAAGGAGGAGAUCACGGAGUGGGAGGCCAAGGUGACUCAGUACGAGAGAGACUUUGAGAGAGUUUCUGCCACCGUCCGUAAGGAGGUCCUCCGCUUCCAGAAAGAGAAGACCAAGAACUUCAAGAGACAGAUAAUGGUCUACCUGGAGUCUCUGCUUCAGUCGCAGCAACAGAUGAUCAAGUACUGGGAGGCAUUCCUACCUGAAGCUAAAGCCAUCGCCUGACCCCGGUUCUGGUUCAGGCUGCCUUCUCCUCUCGACCUCCGCUGCCUUUAAACCACGUUUGCAUUGAAAUGGAGACAAUCUGCCUGUUUGUUGAAUCAUUAUUUAGCUCCACUGGAAUGAUCAUUGUUGAUUUUCACGUCCCAGAUUCUCUCUUGGGGGUGGGGCAUAGAUGACAUCAUCUCCCUCCUCCACUGGUUAGACCGGAGGCUCAGCAGGCAACUUGACCGCGUCAACUGCAUUGUGGGACGCGUCCUUCACACCUGUCCUCUAGAGGACCAGGUCCUGACAAGCAUGUGUCCCUCAUGGUUCCACCUGACCAUGUCUGAAGACAAAUCAAUAAAGGUUGCACUGUUACACUUCAUAAA